AGGAUAAGCUGGAGCGCAGCGCACCAGCAGUCUGCGUGACGCCCCGACACAAUCGCACCUCUGUCCCGUCACUGGCUGAGGUCUCUGCACUUUUGUUUUCCUGGAGAAUAAAAAGAAGAGUCGCUACGCAAAACAACAACCCACUUCGGGCGCUGACAUCUGGUCCACAUAGCUUAGGAACUUUAUGCGUAAAGGAGGAGAGGAGAAACGGAACUUUCGGGGAUCCUGUCUCUUUUGCAGCGGAUCAGUCGCAGGGGGCAGCAGGCUUGGUUGCGAGACGGGAGGGUCAGAUCUUCCCGUCCUUUCACCUUAUCCGCAUUUUUGGACGUUUGGAUGGUAUGGUGUAACUUCCUGCUCUGUGCCAGAGAGGAGCCGCUUCACGGUGUAAGCGCAGAGGGCAUGCGAGUCUCUCCUCCGCCUCGGAUAGUGGAUUGGCUAUGAGGAAAGAGCUUCACCUGCUGGGCUAACAGAACAGGACCACACCGCACCAACAGAAUGCGGGAGCGGGGUCUUUGGAUUUGUGGAGUAGGUGUAUGGAGUCUACUGCUAUCCCUUUGUCUGGCCUCCCUCACACAUGCACACAGAAGUCAUACAGUGCACGUAAAGGCAGGGACAUGUGAGGUAAUCGCUGCCCACCGCUGCUGCAACAAGAACAAGAUUGAGGAGAGAUCUCAAACUGUCAAAUGCUCCUGUUUCCCCGGCCAAGUUGCUGGCACCACUCGAGCGAUGCCCUCCUGUGUCGAUGCCUCUAUUGUAGCCCAAAAGUGGUGGUGUCAGAUGCAGCCGUGUAUGGAAGGUGAGGAGUGCAAGGUUCUACCAGACCUCACGGGAUGGAGCUGCAGCACGGGCAACAAAGUCAAGACCACAAAGGUGACCCGAUAGUCCAGCUCAUCUCAAGUCAAAAAGUAAAGGACAGCACAAUGGACUCGUCAACCUUUGAGGAAGUGCACUCGGAUGGAUUUCUUUGGGGAACCAGCAAUUGUUUAAUUUUUCCAAGGAUACCCGGGAACUGGUGGCUGGAGAAACAGGACUCUAGAAUUGCUUGCCAUCACGUUAAACACUGCUGAUUUUCCUGGAUCAUUUAUAGCGAAGGACUAUGUUACCCACAAUCCUUUAACGUUACAAAAAAUGAUCAAGAUUUAUGAUUUAAAAAUAGUUAGAUAACAGUCAAAUAAAUUCUUUCCAGAAGCUCCUGUUCUUUAUCAGACUUUUCUUGAUGCGUUUAGUCCAUAUACAUUGUUGGAACAACUAUGAAGAACCUUUUUAACAGAGCCCUAAACACGUCACACACAAAAAAAGCUAUUAAUCCAUAAUAUUUGCCUCAUGUAGUAUUGGUGACAUAUUCAAAUUUACGUGUGCCACAUACAACCUGCUUAAUGCUGUCAAAAAUAAUCUUUGAUCUAUUUUAUUUUAAUUUUUUUUCAUUUCUUUUUCUACACUGUAAAAAAAGAUUUUAUUGUGAGCGGGUUGUGGCUUACCACAUGCCAUUUUUAAAAUGCAGUUUGUCUUUUUUCUGCUUUUUAUUAUUUCAAAAUGAACAAAAUCCUUUCAAAAGCAAAGUUAGACUAAUACAAACUAGAUGUUAUGGUAUAUUAAAACAUGUAAACGUAUAAAAACAUAAAAGAAAGUAUGGAAUGAAUGAAAUUAAUGGGGCUAGAAAUAAAUUGAUGCUCUAAUGAUUUUAAUAUCUGUGUUUUUAAAAACGCCUGUUAACCGCUAUUGAGUACAUGUGUCAGUAUUAUAUGAAAUGAAUAAAACCUUUCAAAAAAGGA